CUAGAGGGGCCGGAAGCUGUCGGAUAACAACUUCCGCUGGGGAAGUUUGUAGAAGUCUGGGCUACCGGCGCGGCGUAGCGGAUGCAGCAUCCUUGUUGAGGACGCCCUGGUGGUUUGUCAGGACCCGGUUGUGUAUCCUCUUGAAGCUGGUUUCUCCCCGGCUGACCCCGUCCACUAUCGUGACCGCAUUAUCCCCCAUAGACACUUUCCACACCUGUUGUCUCCAGCCCGCACCGCUCCGAUCCGCCCUCCUUGGCGCUGUGUUUCCCCAGAGGCGUGGCCUCGCUGUUCCCAUGGACAUGGCCCAGGAGCCGGUGACCUUCAGGGACGUGGCCAUCUACUUCUCAAGGGAGGAGUGGGCGUGUCUGGAACCCAGCCAGAGGGCCCUCUACCGGGACGUGAUGCUGGACAACUUCAGCAGUAUGGCUGCCCUGGGAUUUUGCAGCCCCAGACCAGACCUCGUCUCUCGCCUGGAACAGUGGGAGGAGCCGUGGGUUGAAGAUCGGGAGAGACCUGAGCUCCAGGCAGUGCAGAGGGGCCACUGGCCAGGGGCAAGGAAAUCUGCAGACCCCAAGAGACGCUGUGACCAUCCAACUUGGGCUCAUAAGAAAACCCAUGUGAGGCGAGAAAGAACCAGGGAGGGAAGCAGCUUUCGGAAGAGCUUUGGGCCGGACGCGGAUGACGGGCAGCUUCCCAGAGCUGCUCCAGAAAGGACAGACGCCAAGCCCACGGCUUUUGCUUGUCAGAUGCUCACGAAGUGUUGUGGGCAGCGGCCGGGCCGCAGAGAGCACCGGAAGCAGUGCGCAAUGGAGCUGUCCUUCAUCUGCGGCACGUGCGGGAAGGCGCUCAGCUGCCACAGCCGGCUGCUCGCUCACCAGACGGUGCACACGGGGACCAAGGCCUUCAAGUGCCCCGAGUGCGGCCAGACCUUCCGGUGGGCUUCAAACCUGCAGCGUCACCAGAAGAACCACACGCACGAGAAGCCCUUCUGCUGCGAGGCAUGCGGGCAGGCGUUCAGCCUGAAGGACCGCCUGGCCCAGCACCGCAAGGUCCACACCGAACACAGGCCCUACUCGUGCGGCGACUGUGGGAAAGCCUUCAAGCAGAAAUCCAACCUUCUCAGACACCAGCUGGUGCACACCGGGGAGCGGCCGUUCUACUGCGCGGACUGCGGCAAGGCCUUCCGGACCAAGGAGAACCUCAGCCACCAUCAGAGGGUCCACAGCGGGGAGAAGCCCUAUACCUGUGCCGAGUGUGGCAAGUCCUUCCGGUGGCCCAAGGGCUUCAGCAUCCACCGGAGGCUGCACCUGACAAAGAGGUUCUACGAGUGCGGCCACUGCGGGAAAGGAUUCCGCCACCUGGGCUUCUUCACGCGGCAUCAAAGAACUCACAGGCACGGGGAGGUGUAGGGGCCCCCGAAGCUGGGGUGCUGUACCUCUGCGGGAGUACUGGGCCCUGAGGGAGAGUUGCUCUUCAGCCUGGAAAAUCAGCCUGAAAAGAAGCCUUCUCAGUCCUCAGAGCUCUCCAGUCCCCCGAGAAGUUUUACUGGGAAAACUGCCAGGUGGGAGAAGCGAAUCCAUGGGUACGCCGGAGAUGGUGGGGGCUCUGGAGAUGGCAGGGGCUGCACCCCGGUGCCGGGCACCCUGGGGAUGUGCUGAGAGCAUGUGCGACCACGGAGCCACAUGCCAGGCCAGGCGCAGAGGUGGAGAAGCCUGCCGGGUGCUCACAGCUGUCUGGCUCGGACUCCACCCUGGCCCUGAGUCGCUGUCUGCUGGGCCUCUCCUCCCUGGCUCUGCACUCCAUGCUUGCUGCCUGGUCUGGCUUCCCUUCCCGUCUCUGUCUUGGGCGAGGCAUUGCACAGAGGCAGAGACCCUCCUGCAGCCUCUGCACUGGGCCGUAGAAACAAGAGCCUUUGUAAUACCGAGCCGUAUUCAAGGAUUAGGGAGUGGUGCUCAGCCGGUUAGGUCAGGGCCACCCCCAGUGUUGCAGGGAUGGCCCCCACCCAGCUCUGUUGGUCAGAGCCUGGGUCACGCACCUGAAAUUGGCAGAUCGAGUUGGGUCUCAGGGCAGUGAGGUGGCCGUAUUCACCAUAGUGCAUUUCAUGGGGAAGAGGUGACCUCUUUGUUUGAAACUUAAGGUGUCCUAUCCAGCCAGAAAUAAAAAUCUGCCAGUGUGACCCCUGUGGAAAUGGAUCGGGGACACUGCCGUGUUUCAGGUUAGCUGAAUUGUUGAAGGAUUUUUGCUUUUGCCUGUUUUUCUUUAAGAAUUGCAGCCAGGCCAGGUGCGGUGGCUCACGCCUGAAAUUCCAGCUACUCGGGAGGCUGAGGCAGGACAAUUGCUUGAAUCCAGGAGGUGGAGGUUGUGGUGAGCCAAGGUUGCACCACUGCAUUCCAGCCUGGGGAGCAAGACUGAAACUCCGUCUCAAAAAAAAAAAAAAUUCCAGCCAACACAUGCACGUGUAAUGCUGGAAUCAGAAACGAGUUUACAAGAAACAGGGGAACCAGGAGAAGGUUGAACACACCAAGAGGAAGCCCCGAGCCAGACCCGGCCGGAGAUGCCACCAGAAGGCAACCUUUCCGCUGGAAGCCGGGCACACAGAAAGGCUGAGCAGGCUGUGUGUGACCCUGAUAUGAACAAACCAAGUGGAAAGUCACUUUCAGACAAUCGUGGAAAUGUGGGCAGGGGCUGAGUCGGGCGGGUGGACUGAGUCGGGCGGAUGGGCUGUGAGUCGGGCGGGUGGGCUGUGAGUCGGGCGGGUUGGCUGUGAGUCGGGCGGGUCGGCUGUGAGUCGGGUGGGGUGAGGAAUUGGCUGUUGGCGGUGAUGGUGACACAGGGUUACCUGAGAAUCCUCACUCAGAUGCAUUUGGACGUGUUUGUGGGGAAAUGACGUGGCGCCUGGGAUGUGCUUUAAAAUUCUAAUAAAAAGGAGAAAGAACGGUA